AUGCCUCCGAAAGCCAAAGCAAAGGAUGCAGGUCCCGUGGAGAGGCCAAUCCUUGGCCGUUUCUCUUCUCACCUCAAGAUCGGAAUCGUUGGGUUACCAAACGUGGGAAAGUCUACACUUUUCAACACCCUUACGAAGCUUUCAAUCCCAGCUGAGAACUUUCCCUUUUGUACCAUUGAGCCCAACGAGGCACGUGUCAAUAUCCCUGAUGAGAGGUUUGAUUGGCUUUGCCAGCUGUACAAGCCCAAGAGUGAGGUAAAGUUUCUUACUUUACACUUUCAUGUAUGUUUAUGUUUGCUCAUAGCUGACUUAUGUGGUUUGUCUCAGAUUCCAGCUUUCUUGGAAAUUCAUGACAUUGCUGGUCUUGUUAGAGGCGCUCAUGAAGGACAGGGACUUGGAAACAACUUCUUGUCCCAUAUUCGUGCUGUUGAUGGAAUCUUCCAUGUCUUACGUGCCUUUGAAGAUCCUGAUAUUAUUCAUGUUGAUGAUAUUGUGGAUCCUGUUCGAGAUUUGGAGACCAUUUCUGAAGAAUUGCGACUAAAGGAUAUUGAAUUCAUUAAAAAGAAGAUUGAAGAUGUCGAGAAGAGCAUGAAGAGGAGCAAUGACAAGGCGCUUAAAGUAGAACUUGAGCUCUUGCUAAAGGUAAAAGCUUGGUUGGAAGAAGGAAAAGAUGUCCGUUUUGGGGACUGGAAAGCAGCUGAUAUCGAGAUUUUGAACACUUUCCAAUUGCUUUCCGCUAAGCCCGUUGUGUACUUGAUUAACAUGAACGAGAGAGAUUACCAGAGGAAGAAAAACAAGUUCUUACCGAAGAUUCAUGCUUGGGUUCAAGAACACGGUGGUGAUACUAUGAUUCCUUUCAGUGGUGUUUUUGAAAGGAGUCUCGCUGAUAUGCUCCCAGACGAAGCAACAAAGUAUUGUGAGGAGAACAAACUGCAAAGUGCACUUCCGAGGAUUAUCAAAACUGGAUUUUCAGCUAUUAACCUCAUAUAUUUCUUUACAGCAGGGCCUGAUGAGGUGAAGUGCUGGCAAAUAAGACGUCAGUCAAAGGCUCCUCAAGCUGCAGGGGCCAUUCAUACUGAUUUUGAGAGAGGAUUCAUUUGUGCCGAGGUCAUGAAAUUCGAGGAUCUCAAGGAGCUUGGCAAUGAAACUGCAGUCAAGGGGGCAGGAAAAUACAGACAGGAGGGGAAAACAUAUGUUGUUCAGGACGGUGAUAUCAUUUUCUUCAAGUUCAACGUUUCAGGUGGUGGCAAGAAAUGAGAUUCCAUCUCGUCGUCUACCUAUUUCUGGUUUCCUCUCCUGAUCUUGAAGCUUUAUACAAUUCCGAAAGAGAAACCAAGCUGUGUUUUCUGUUUUUGUUAGUUGCAGUUUUUAUUUGGCUUUACCAAACACAAGUAUCUGUAACUCUUGUUCCUUUCUGCAGUUAGCUAAGACAUGUCUUUGCCUUGAGACAAAGCAUUUAAGCCUGCUGUAUUUGUAGAACUACCCUUUCAAUAAUCAGAAACAAAU